AGGGCGAGAGAGCGCGUCUGCCACGACAUUGUCCUUACCUGAGACGUGCCGGACAUCCGUCGUGUAUUCAGAGAUGUAGGACAGGUGGCGCUGCUGGCGGGACGACCAGGGAUCGGACACCUUUGUGAACGUAAAGAAGAAUUAACACGUGGUUUGGUGACUUUCUCAACUGAACAUGGCAGCUGCCCAGAAAUCUGCAAGUCAACAGAUUCUCGAAGACUCUUCUGCAUUCACAAAUAUUACUUCAACCAAAUCAGCACUGCUACCCAGGACUGGCAAUGACAACCAAGGGAUGAGCUUGAAAUGUCAAAAUAGAAAGUUGCAAAGUUGUAACAGAGCAGAGUCCUGUUAUAGUGAUGAUGAGCCUGGAACACCAAAUAUCAGCAAAAAACAAGCAUUCCCUCAAAUUGGUUCUAGACAGAGAUCUCGAUGUUGCACAGAGAUUGUGGAGAAAUCAUCAAAGAAAAUGGAAACAGUGGAAAAUAUGUUUUUGUUGCACUUCCUUCAUUCAUUUCAGGAGAAAUCCUCAUUUGCUGACAGUCUUCAGGGAGUGAAAAGCCAUUCAUUGAGUAUGCCUAAUAUACACAAACAAAGUGAUGUGGAAUGCACGGAUAAACAAAUUGAUGUAGACAUAGUGGAAUCCGUUAUAGGCGAUGAGCUUGAAGGCAAGUCCUCUUGUGGUCAUGCUGUAGAGUCCAUGACUAUAGAGAAGGAACAGGAUUCUAACGCCAUAAGUGGGCAAAUAUCUUGCCUCGAUCACAUCACUGGGGAACCACCGUCAGAGCAUUCUGACACACACAGGCACAAAGAGGGAUGUCAACUGCAGGCCAUAGCCUCCACUGAAAACGUCAAGCAGUCAAUGACCACAAAACUUCAGAACAGGGAAUCCAGUUGCUCUUCUAUAAGGUGCUCCAGUACAUCAUCAUUCUCUGCCCAUUCACUUAUGGAAGGCAGAGAUAUAGAAUUGGAGCAAGCAAGUCAUUGUGUGGAUCCCAGGCAUUCUGAAACUUGGGAGCAUAGUCUGAAACUUGAUAUGACCAGUCUACCUGAUCCGCAGGUGAGGCCCGUGGAGAACUGGCGAGUGGGUAAUGGUAUACCUCUACUUAAGAAAGGAACAAAGGAAAAUGCAGGGAACUAUAGACAGAACACUGGAGAGACCAGAGAUGAGUUUUACACUACAAUGGUGGCACCUGCACUGAGGCAACAUAUAGAACACCUUAAAUGUCAUCUCAAUGAUCUCCAAGACGCUAAUGACAGCACAAUCAAUGAACUCACCAAAGCUGAUGAAGAAAUCUCCCAACUCAGGCACGAGAUAGCCGAACUAAAAGCAAAACAUGCAGGAGAGCUGCAACUGGUCAAGCAAGAGAGCGACUAUUUCAAAAAUAAGUUUAACAAAUUGUGUUCCGCUGCGUCCCAGAACACUGUAAAGUACAAUACAGCUGACUUACUGGAACAAAUCCAACAACUGAGGAAUGAGUCUCGGAAACUCAGAGAAAUGAACCACACACUUGAUGAAGAAAACCAUCAACUUAAAGAAAUCCUGUGGGAUCUUAAACAACAAAACAAAUGGUUACCAAAAGAACAAUUCAAAGGAAAGAUGUUGAGCUCAGAAAUCACAAUAAAAGGGAACAGGACAAUUUCAGGCACAGAGAGACAAAUGUGUGCAAAAGAAAGUGAGACCAUGUUACAGAAAAUGUCUUCCGUGCCAUCCCGCUUGCAUUGCAUCUCUUCACCUUCACAAAUCAGCUUUGAAUAUUUCAAUAUUGAAGACAAAAUUGGUCCAAUCAAAUCAAAUGAGAAAAAAAUGAUUUCAGAUCAGCGGCUUAAAUCUUGUGAUGAUGGAUUCACAGAAAGAUCCACCAGCAGUCGUUCUUUAACUUCAAUCGACAGCGACAACACAGAAGCUCUACUUGCAUCAUGCAACGAUGUGACCAGUGGUCAGCUUAUUCACUCAAACAUUCAUCAAAAUUCAGGUAGUAUGUUGGAUUUGGAUGGGUUGAGUGAAGAUGACACAUCACUUCCAAACCAAAAUAAUCCUCAUCAACAAUUCCAAAUCGCACACGGCUCCAGUUCGAAUCUCUGUAAACCAGUAACUUCACCACCUGAUUUUCACAGUAGCUGCCUCAACAGAAAUACAACAUCAAGGUCCUUGGUUGACAAAGCUGCAUUGCCACGACGUCCCUUUGCUCCCAGGAGCAUUGCAGAUCUGAAAAUCGGGCAUCUCGUUAAAUUCUCCCGACCUGCAGGAAAAAUUGGCAAAGGUGUGAUCAAAUACUUGGGACACCUUCCUGGCAGGCAGGAAGCAUACAUGGGUGUAGAACUGGAAGGCACCGAGGUUGGCCAACAUAAUGGCACCUUUGAAGGAGUUCGUUAUUUCAUGUGUAAAAAGAACAAAGGUGUAUUUGUUAACUUCAGUAAAGUUAUCAUGGCCUGGGAUUAGGAAGGUGGGACAAACGAUUCUCAUGUAACAAGAGAAAAACUCAACACAAGAUGUCCUUCAAUCAAAAACUGCAUAUUCCCUUCCAAAUCAAGCAAGCAUCUACAUCCUAUUUUAACAACUGGAUACCAUAAAAAUACCUAUACUCAUUGGUUAUAAUGAUAAAGCAUUUGCAAAACUAUUAACUGAACAAGAUAGAGUUCUGUCUACUAAAUUUGCAUCACCUAAAUUCAGUUGCCUUUCUUAGUCAAUUCCAAUUAAUAAUUUUGCCAUCACAUUAAUCUAUCCAGAUGUGAACUCCCUUGUUCAGCAUUCAAUUAUGCUCAUUCAAAUUACUCGUCUUCCUCCAUUCUCAAUAUGAUUGGUAAUAAGCUUUAAGAUGUCUGAUUUGCAACUUGCAUGACAGCCUGUUGACCAAAUUGGCCCUUCUCUCCUUCCAAGGACACUGGGGCAUAACCCGGAAUGUACCUUCCCUCAGUAUCAUACAUCUUCCAUGAUUUCUCCUCCCUUUUACCAACAAAUGAUUCGUCCACACCAUUUCAUUUCACUCCCUCUGUGAUUUUGAAUUUGGUUUUCCCUUUUCCCAUCUUUAGGUGCAACUCUUUCAUUCCGUGUAUUUAGGAGUGAACAGUCAUCGAGUCUGUUGCCUCCGUCAUCAUGCUUGCAGACCAAAGUUAUAGUUCUGCAGUUAUUCACUUACAACAGAAGAACUAAAGUUACAUUAAUAUUUUAAAACAGUAAUGACAGUUCUGAUGAUAUUUCACUGACAGCAGAUUAUAAACAAGAGCCAUAGUUAAAACACUGUUGUAGUUAUCCGAGCCCCUUAUCUAAAAACUGAUCUGCUGGCAUUGGGGAGGGCCCAUAUGAGAUUCAUGGUAAUAAUCCUGGGAAUUAAAGAGUUAAUAUAUGAAAAGAUUUGAUGGCUCUGGGUUUGUAUUAGCUGGAAUGGUGGUGGUGGGGGGGCGGGGGAAUCCUAUUGAAAGGCUUUGAGAGUAGACGUGGAGAGGAUGUUUCCUGUAGUUGGUGGGGUGGGGGGGGGGGGGAGUACAAGACCAGAGACCUCUUCAGAAUACAAAGACUAUCCUUUGGAACAGAGAUGAGGGGAAAUUUCUUUAGCCAGAGGGUGGUGAAUCUAUGGAAUUCAUUGCCACAGACAGCUGUGGUGGCUAAGUCAUUGAGUAUAUUUAAAGUGGGUGUUGACUGGUUCUUUGUUAGUAAAGGUGUGAAAGGUUACAUGGAGGAGAAUGGGGUUGAGAGGGAUAAUAAAUCAGCCGUUAUCAAAGGGCCAAAUUGCCCAAUUCUACUCCUCUGUCUUAUGGUCUGAAUUGUUCUCAAUCUACCAUUGAAUUCCAGUAGGACUCAAGAAAUGACAAAUGAAAAGUGGCAAAAUCAGGAUACUAAUUCUGGGCAGGAAAUUCAACAUGAAAAUCAAUUACAGUUCGAAAUGUCACUAUCGACAUUUCUUCACAAAAUCCAGUCCAUGCUUAAACACAUCUUCUAACAUUGACAACUGUUGUACAAAAUCACCCCUUGUAGUAGAUCCUCCAACAAGUGACAUCAAUGAAUUUCCAAAUAAAUUACUUUUCUCUAUGGAACAUUAACGUUGAUCUUUAAAUCUGAAGUGGAAUGUUCACGUUCCUUUUUACUGCAAUCCUGCAGUGCUGAAGAAUCAGUGCUACAAAGCAAAGUCAUACUUUGGGUUAUUAAUUAGAAUCAAUUGAAAAAAAGUUAUUUGUUCUUCAUUUCAGUCACGUUAAACCACUUUUUGGGUCACCCAAACUCAAUAAUGUGAGGAAUGGAAUAUGACACCAAAUGUUAAGGGAUGGUUUUAUGAUCUGUGCAUAAACUUUCUACAAUGCCAGAAUUGUUAUCCCUUUACUGGCAAUUAUAGUGCUUUUGCAACUCAGUGUGAAAUCAGUAAAAUGAAACAUACAUGUCUCUGUAAAGAUUCAGAUCCUCCUGGGUUUAGAUCAAUCUCCAUCCUCUGAACACCAUUUAAAUUAAUUUAUAUAGUCAUGGUAAAGUCAAUAUUAAUACAAGUCCUUAUGUACUUACACAUUCAAAGAUGUGCAGAGAAAUUCUUUUUAGUAAACAAAACUUACUAACCAUUGUGCCACUAGAUUUGUAUAACGUUUGCAAAGGUACCAUGCAUUUCAUCAGGCAGUAGAAAGAGUUGAACUUGAUGGGGUUGUAAAAAAAAGAUUUCAAACACACAUUGCUUUUCUAGAUCAAUCUUUUACUUCCAGUCCCUGUUCCUCGUUAUGUAAAUGUUGCUCUGUUUUUCCCCUCCCCCACCCAAAACAUACACAAAUCAGAUCGGGACAGUUCAGUCACAGAUUGUCAAUGCUCCCAAAAGACGGGAACUAAAGACUAUUUCUGUUACCAGCUAAAUAAUUAAUCUUAAUACUAAGCGACGUGUCAAAUUCUUGAAUUUACAGUUACAGUUUUGUGGCAAUCAUUUUCAGGUUUCAGCUGAAAUAGUUCAUUAUUUAUAUUAGAGUUGAUCAAACAUCAGCUGCAUAUUCUCAACCCAUUGUCAGCAGUGCAAGUAGGACAAAGUACAGACUAAAAUCACCACAAACAAUAAAUGCACAUUUGCUGUAUAAUCAAUAAUGCCAAUUGUAAUUCUCAAGUUUCAGUGCAUUAUUGUCGACUAACCAUACUUACUCUCGUAGGUUAAUUACUCCCCAUCAAUAAAAAGAAAAUGAGCUUAAGAUUUUGUAUUUACCAAGUAGCGUAAUCAAUGUAUCCUCUUAUUGUGUUAUUGACAUUUUAUACAUGUAUGUAUUUUUCUCAUCAGAGUAUAUAAUGGAACAAUGUCUUCAAAGUCAGUGAUGCAUUAUUCGUCAUGAUGGUGCAUUUAUUAUCUUUUUUUAAAGAUUUCUUAUGCCUUCACUGAAAAUCACUACUCUUUGAGUGUAACUACUUUUCUUGUUGUUGGUGUGCGUGUCACAGUCUGUUUAAUUUUUGGUUGGUUGGUAUAAUAAAUCUCAAUGAAUGGUUAAUGAAUAAUUUAUUAGGAAAUGGUAUUGCAAAUCCUUUUGUAUUAAUUCAAUAAACUGAGUUGACUUAA